AUGAAAGCUACCGUCGUGGGCAUCCUGCUGGCCGCUUUUGCGCUUGCCUGCGUGAAGGCAGACAACGAGCACACCCAAUGCUACAAAUACUUCUUGAACAAAGACCAUUGUGUCCAGGCUACCGGCGUUGAGGCCGACAGAUGUACUAAGAAGGAGUCGCACGAACUGGAAUCAGUCCGACUGAUGACGAUACAGUCUGGAGGUAGCGGGCGCUUGCAGCGUCGUUACAACGGGCCGGCCACGGUUGCCGAGCACGCUACGCAGAUCUACUCAUGUCCCGGCCUGAAGCCCGACCCUAAUGGGUAUGAAGUGUGUGUCUGGGCUGGGGAUGGAAAUGGGUCCAAGAACACUGGUUGGCUCGACAAGGCCAACAAGGUCAACUGCGGGAAGCAAGUUUACAUCCAACGAAAAGAUGACAAAAAGAGUGUCCAAUAUGCCACGAUUACCGGUGGCUGUGAUUUCGGGAAUGUGAAGCCCGAGUCGGGAUGUUUCCAGAUCGGGAUCAACCAGCCGCUCUUCGAGUCAUUCAAGCCCUCGCAGGGCGAAAAGGACAAAAAACUAAUCGCUUCAAUGACCUGGGACUUCAACAACCUCAACUUCGACAACCCAAAGAACGCAGCCUACUGA